GAGAAACAUGUAUAGGAUCAGGCACGAGCCGACAUCAGUUGUAAUACGACCGGACGAUAGACCCAACCUAGGCGAUCACCCUUGCUUCAAGUCGAACGCUAGCGCAAUUCAUUAGUAGAACUAUCAGACGGGGUGAACUUCGCACACAGCGCAGGAAAUGAGUACUGGAAAGGACGUUUGCUUACUGCGCAGACGGACGAAGGAGACGCGCCACGCAUCUGCGCCACUAUCUCGCCUCCUCACUCACCUCCUCACUCGUAGCUCGCUGAAUCCACGCAUCCACCCACCUACUCAUGCACUCCUAGCAUCGAGUGAUGGUGUAGUCGUACCACCUCUCUUCCGGCAGCUACAUACAUAGCCACUUCAUGCUCGAGAGAUCCGGCUUUCUGGCACUCGGGAAUUCGGACAUCGCGGCCACCACGCAAAGCGGCUAUCUCUCGGCAUCGAGUACUGAGGCCACUAGCGGAGCGCAUAGCAGCGAAACUGGUGCGAUAGUAUCUACCAGUGCUUCCGGCCCUACAUCAAUGGGAUCUGCAUAAUCCGAUAGCAGCAGCAGCUCCAGUGGGAGCAUGGCAGUCAGGAUGAGCCAUGGGCUUUGUUGUGACUGGGCUCAUGGGUGAUAUAGCCUGCCUUCCGUAAAUAUCGGACAGUCUAUGGGGGUUUUUGAGUAUAUCACACUGAUCAUUUUGACGAUGUAUCUCCGUACUGUCUGAUCACGGACAAUACCUGACAUGCGGACCAAGCGAAUCACUCCGCCGUACCCGUAAUAGGCGACCAUUGGCUUGCACCUGGCUGGGAUGUUCGUCGUAGAAAGAUUAUUAAUAGCGCAGACAUUGACGAUCGACAC